AUGUCGUCUCGACCACGAUCAAAACGCCUCGAAAUCACCCUCAUUUCCGGCCACGACCUCCCACCAAUCGCCAGAAAUCUAACCACCUACGCCGUCGCCUGGCUCAAACCCGAUCACAAAUUAACCACCCAAGUUGAUCACGGCGGCCACACUAACCCUAAAUGGGAUCAUAAGUUCGUCUUCAAUCUCGAUCGGAGUUUCUCAAUUUCCGACACCACCACCACCGUUACCUUCGAGAUCUACAACGUCGGUUGGUUACGCGAUUUUCUCGUAGGAUCCGCUCAGGUUAUCGUAAGCAAUCUCGUGGAGAGAAGAUCGAAGAAUCAUCGACCGGUUACCGUUCAAUUGCGUAGGCCAACGGGUAUUUUACAAGGGGUUUUGAACGUUGGGGUUAACCUAAUCGAUCGUUCGAAUGAUAACGUUGGUCGGAAUGUUGUUUCUCGUGAUCCGAUCGGGAAGAUCGGUGUAUUGGAGAAUGACGAGGAUCGGAAGAUGAACGAUGAGAAGAAGCUUGAGAGAUCGAGAAGCGAAAGGACGGCAAAGUUUGGGGAUUUUUCGGUAGCGGAUGAAGGUGGUGAUGGUGACGGUGAUCGACGGGUUUUGAGUCGUUCAAUGAGUGGGUGUUCCGUGACGCAAAUUGGGUCGGUUAAUUCGAUGAUGCGGCCUUUGCCUUCGGAGGUGGUGGCAGCGUUGAAAAACGGGAUGUAUUCGACAGGAGGGGACGAUAUCGAGAGCUACGUUUUUAGUGCUGGGACGGUGGAGCGUGAGCCACGGAAUGAUAAGAAGGAUCUAAAUGCGAUGGUGGCGAAGUGGCGGCAUACGGUGAUGAAUGAUAAAACUCCAGUGGUGGAUAAUCGGAGAUUGAUAUCUUACGACCACGAGCAACGGAGGAAAAAAGGAGGACGAGGACGAGGAGGAUUGUUUUCGUGUUUCGGGAACAUUAAAGGAAAGGAAUUUUCUUUCAUAUGUGGGAACAACGAACCCGCUAAGAGGAAGAAGAGAAAACCGAAGGCUUGA